UUACUCUAGAGACGUAAACGCGUUGGCCUUUUUUUUCUAUAACUUUAUCAGUAAAACAAGCGUGACAAUUUUCCCGCAAGGUUACGGUGACGUCCUGUCCGUCAACUCUGUGGUUCCGCUCAGUUACCCUAUCGAAGAAGGUUUAAUAAUUCAGAGGUAUGGGUCACGGCCACGACCACCAUGGACAUGCUAAAAUGCAGCUGCCUGACUAUAAGCAGUGGAAAAUAGAAGGUACUCCUCUGGAGGAAGUACAGAAAAGGCUGGCGAAUCGAGGGCUUAGGGAUCCAUGGUUAAGAAACGAAGCCUGGAGGUACAUGGGUGGGUACGCUAAACCUGCAACUUUCAAGGACGUUGUGUUCAGAGGCUUCAAAUGGGGUUUUGCUGCCUUUGUGGUAGCACUCGGUGUUGAAUAUGCCUUGUUCCCACCAAAGAAAUCUGAAGGCCACCAUUAGAAAGAACAAGAAGAUCUCACUAACUCUGUUUGAAGACCACCCUGUUCAUAUAAUAAUAAUUGUAUUAAAGUGUUGCUACUGAACUGUAAAA